AUGGCGUGCAGUUGCUCUCCAUCCAUUUCCCAAAAAGUUUGCUCAUGUGCCCAAAUUAGUAGUCGCCAAUCAUGCGGGUGCCAGCAAAACUCGUGUGCUUCUUCAUGCCGUUCCACUUGCCGUCCCAGUUGUCGAGCGAAUGGCAACUCAUUUGCCUGCCAAAUGAAUUGCCAGAAUUCGUGCGUCAACGCGUGCAACAAAAUCACAACUCCGUUGGCAUCUCCGCCAGUUCAAAACACGGUAGUCCGUGCGGUCGCCGGAGCCAACUGCUUGUCGGACUGCAAUUCCCAGUGUACAAACGCCUGUCAACAAAAGCAAUAUGGUUCGAAUCAGUGCUCCAGCUCUUGUGGACAAUCAUGCUCAAGGGUCUGCCAAUCGUCGCCGAGCACACCAACGAAACUCAAUGUGAAUAUUCAAGUGGAUCCGGGAACCAAAUGCUUCGUGAGCUGCAAUGAUGCCUGCAAAUCAUUGUGCUCACCCCAAUUGACUCAAGCGACUUGCGAUUCUACUUGCACGAACACUUGUAGCAGCAUGUGUCCACAACAGCAAUCACAGUUUAAUCCGAAUCAAAGUGUAGUCACGUCUACUACAGCUCCGAGGAGCUCUUCUUCCCCUAUCAGAAUUAACAUCAAUGUACAGAAUCCCACCCAGUCAACAGCGCGAGGCUCGCAGCAGCAGCAGCCGCAGCAGCAACAGUCAGAGCAAAAAGCUCAACCUCAGGCUCAAACACCUUCAACUCAGCAGCCGCCGCAACCAGCUCAACAACAAGUGUACCAGCAACCGUUAACUGCUGAUCAGAUUCCUCUGCUUCAAUCGCCAUCAACUACAACUACUGCUCAAGGACAACCUACUCAGUAUCAUGUUCAGUCAAUGCAAUCGCAAGCCGUACAAUCACAGGCCAACAAAGUUCAAUCUCAGCAAGCUCCAGCGCAAGUUCUCACUGUUAAACCAUCUUGUAUGGAUCAAUGUAGAACGGGCUGCACAAAUUCGUGUGUUCAAAGGAGUCCUCAACCACAAGAAGGAUGCGAUACAAGUUGCAAAAACACGUGCACAGAAGUGUGUGCUCCAGUGGUGGAUUCACAGCCAACUACGCUAGCUCCAUCGACAUAUCCAGUCCUUCUCGAUCCUCAACAAAGGUGCUCUUCGGAAUGCCAAUCGGUCUGCCAAAUGGCUUGCGUUACACAGAAAUCGACAGCUCCGGCUUCCUGCCUUGACAGAUGUGCUCCGCAAUGUGAGAACGCGUGCACCAGCCCUCAGGUGCAACGAAAUUCUGCUCAAUUAUUUACCCCGUCCGCCCAACAAGCGGCACCUUCGAAUACGUCAAUUUCUCCAUCAUCGCAACCAAUCAAAAUUAGCAUCUCGCUGGUUCCUUCGGCUGCUAAUUCUACUAGCUCAAACUGA